AUGGAAGUUCGCCUUGCAUCACAAAUACUAUUAUUUUCUAAUGAAACUGAACUAAAUGAAUCCAACUGUGGUAAUGAAACCUUAAACUGUGGAUACGUCAUUAAAAACCAAAGUGACAGGCAAUUUUAUAUUAUCAGCCUCUUUCUAUCCUGUUUGUAUACAAUUUUUCUAUUUCCCAUUGGUUUCAUUGGAAAUGGAUUGAUCCUGGUGGUGAACUUAACCCAUCACAGGAAGAUGACCAUCCCGGACCUCUAUUUUGUAAACCUUGCAGUAGCUGAUCUCAUCCUUGUUGCAGAUUCCCUCAUUGAGGUCUUCAAUCUCAACGACAAGUACUACGACAUAGCUAUCCUUUGUACUUUCAUGUCCCUCUUCCUGCAGAUCAACAUGUACAGCAGCGUCUUCUUUCUCACCUGGAUGAGCUUUGACCGGUACCUUGCCCUAGCACAGUCUAUGAAGGCCACCACACUCCGAACUCUUCAGCAUGCAAAGUGGAGCUGUGGUCUGAUCUGGUUGACGUCCAUCCUGGCUGCAGUACUGCCCUUUGCUGUGGUGCAAGCUCACCAUACAGGGGAAGUUCACUUUUGCUUUGCAGAUGUUACUGAGAUUCAAUGGUUGGAAGUCACCCUUGGAUUUGUUGUCCCGUUUUUCAUCAUUGGACUCUGCUAUUCGCUGAUUGUACGGAUUCUCACCAAAGCACAGAAGCAUAAUCGCAUUUGGCCAAGGCGCCAGAAAGCACUUCGCAUGAUUGCUGUGGCUGUUCUGGUUUUCUUCAUAUGUUGGUUACCAGAAAAUGUCUUCAUCAGUUUUCAGCUCCUACUGGCCACAAAGGACUCAUCAGUCUCCCUGAAGAACUCACUGGAGCAGUACUACCCACUCACACGCCACAUUGUUAACCUAGCUGCUUUCUCUAACAGUUGCCUGAAUCCCAUUAUAUACAGCUUCUUAGGGGAAACCUUCAGAGACAAGCUUCGCUUGUACAUGAAAAGAAAAGCAAGCGUAUCCACGGUUUACCGGCUUUGCAACAACACUUUGAACUGGAACAUUCCUGUAACCACAGAGGAAUCUUUUGCAUAG